CCUCAGGAGGCGGGAGCAAUCGAUUGACGAGCGCAGGAUGGGCAGCGGUAGUCGCCGCCGCGCCGGCUCCAGGGGAGGGGUAGCGGCGGUGCCGGUGGUGCCGCAGUCCCCGUCCCCCCGCACCGGAAGAGCUCAAAGCACGGUGUUCCCCGCCCCGCCCGGCGCUGUCGCGCGCCCCUCGCGCCGGGAUGCCCGCGGGGGCCGGGGGAGGGGCGGGCUCGGAACGCGGGCGGCGGGGCCGGGCGGCCGUUAACUGCCGGCGGGACAAUGAGCAACGGGAGGCGGAGCAUGUGAAGGCGGGGGCUCCCGACCACAGCAAUAAGAUGUCUACAAGAAGAAGAAAGAAAGCUGCUCUUUGCCUAUGUCCUGAGAUGCCUCAGCCUGUAGCGUGUGAUACUGAAGUAAGGCAUGAAGACCCAGAGAGACUAAGCUGUCAUUCGCUGUGUGAAUCUCUGUUAUCAUAUGGGAGUGGAUUCAACAAUUUCCAAGGCAUUUUUAACUGGUCUGUAGUUCUGCUGGUCUUCACUCAUAUUCACAUGAGUCUGGAGAAUUUUAUCAAGUAUGGACUACUCUUUGAUCCCAUAAAGAUCAUCUCCGUUUUCAUGAAAGACCACUUUAAGUGGCCAGCAGUAUAUCUCAUUGCCGCUUCUGCUUUGCUUGCACUUCCUGCAGUUUUUAUAGAAAGGUAUUUAAAAAAGGUUCAUAGCUCUAGAUGCACAGGUUUGGCGUUGCAGACUCUUAACUUGCUCUCACUGGUAGCGUUCCCUGCUGUGAUGGUUUAUAGAAUGGAAGCCAUAACUCCAGUUGGAGGGCUGCUGACCAUGUCUGUGUAUCUCAUCAUUACCCUGAAACUGUUUUCCUACUACCAAGUGAAUCGCUGGCAUAGGGAGAGGAAGCGUGGAUCUGUCAGAGGAAGUGCCAGGAUGCAAGCAGCAGAAUGCUCCAGCCAUUACUCCAGCAGGAAUGAAAGAGGAGAGUCAAAGCAGAUCGUGUACCCAACGAACCUGAAAGUGAAAGACUUGUAUUACUUUCUGCUAGCCCCAACACUUUGCUACCAGCUGAAUUUCCCACAGCUAAAACACCGCAGACACGGCUAUGUCAUUAAGAAGCUGCUUGAAAUGGUAUUUCUCUUACAUCUCGUGCUGGGGCUAAUUCAGCAGUGGAUUGUACCAAAUAUACACAAAUCAAUGAAGCCCAUAAAUGAAAUAGAGUCUGCCUUGCUUACAGAAUACAUCUUUAAAUUAGCGGUGCCAAAUCAUUUCAUCUGUCUGAUACUUUUUUAUUGGUACUUUCACUCCUACCUCAAUUGCCUUGCAGAAGUGCUGCGAUUUGGAGACCGUCAAUUUUACCUAGACUGGUGGAACGCAGACUCAGUCUUACAGUUCUGGUCCAGAUGGAAUAUCCCGGCUCACAGAUGGCUAGACAGACACGUCUACAAGCCCAUACUGCAUCGCGGUUAUGACAAGUGGCUGGCCCGGCUGGCUGUGUUUCUACUCUCUGCAUGUUUCUUCGAGUAUGUAAUCGCCAUCCCACUGAAGAUGUUCCGGUUUUGGAUGUUUAUUGCUGUGCUAUCUCAGGUCCCACUGUCUUGCCUGUUGAAAUGGCUUUUUGGUGACGGCUACGGUAAUGUCCUCAUGUGGAUCAGCCUGCUCCUGGGGCCCCCUCUCAUGGUGCUGCUGUACUUCCAUGACUAUUACAUCCUCCACUACCGGAAGGGCUCAACUUGGAGACACUUUUCCUUCUGACCUGCCCAGAACCUGGUUGCCUUGUACUUUCUGUCUUCCUUUCUACACAGCAGGUGUAACAAAACAUACCUUGAGAUACAACCCCAAGUUUGAAGUACCCUCAUCUUUAAUAUGGAAGGAUCUACCUAGGAUGUAAAACUCCAUCUGGCUGCAGAGCUAAAGACAGGGAAUUGCAGGCUGAUCUCUGUCCAUAUUGAAGAUGAGUGAGCAGAGCAGAGUUGUGAGAGUUACAAGGAUCCUUGCAUUUAGUCACCUCUCAUGUAAAAGUUUUUUCUCUGCACAAGGUCCCUGGGCAAUUGAGAAACAGCUCUUCCAUUGAAAAUUCUGCUGAAUAUAAAUACAAGCUGUAACAAGUGCUUCUUCUUAUUAUUAAAAUAUUGC